AUGGAGGGUGCUUGCAAGGAAGGUGACUAUGAGGAGGGUGACUGCGAGGAGGGUGAAUGCGAGGACGGUGACAGUGAGGAGAGUGACUGCGUGGGAGGUGAGAAUGAAAUCAGGCAUACGGGUGCUACUUGCUUGCAUCACAAGGCCCGUGGUAAGAGGCGAAGGUGGCGAGAGGGAGGGGUGGGCGGAGAGAGCAGCACAGGGGAAGGCGGCACAGGGGAAGGCGGCACAGGGGAAGGCGGCACAGGGGAAGGCGGCACAGGGGAAGGCGGCACAGGGGAAGGCGGCACAGGGGAAGGCGGCACAGGGGAAGGCGGCACAGGGGAAGGCGGCACAGGGGAAGGCGGCACAGGGGAAGGCGGCACAGGGGAAGGCGGCACAGGGGAAGGCGGCACAGGGGAAGGCAACGCAGGGGAAGGCGGCACAGGGGAAGGCAGCGCAGGGGAAGGCAGAACAGGGGAAGGCGGAACAGGGGAAGGCGGCACAGGGGAAGGCGGCACAGGGGAAGGCAGUACUGCACUCACGUACAGCAUUCAUCAGAACCGCUUGGAAGCUGCACAAGGGGGAACUCCUUCCGCAUCAGUACCACCAUCCGCCUCCUCCCGUUUCUCCUCCAGAGCAACAUCUCCCCCUGCUGUUCCACACCCAUUCUUCCCAGGGCAACACCCCCGCCCAACCCAACAACCUCAGCCGCCCCAACAACCCCUGUUACCGCCAAGUCAACAACCCCACAGUCGCCCGCACCAUCCGCUGUCUUCCCCUGCCCUUUCCCCCAAGCUUUCCCCCUCCUUUUCCCCCACGGCUGCACCGUCCCCCUCCCCCUCAGGCUCUCUCCCUGCAUCGCCUCUUGACUUCCUCUGCCCGGACAAGUUUUGCCAACCCCGCCUCUCCGCCUUCCUCCCCCCUCCACCCUCUCCUCCUUCCCUUCCUCCGUCCUCUCCUCCUCGCCCUUCCAAUCAGUGCGGUUCCAUCCCUGAUGCAACAUGCAGGCUUUCACUGCCUAGUGCCCUGCCCACUGGUGCUGCAGUCCCUUCUGAUGCAACCCCUGCUGCUGCAGGGUGUGGCGGCUAUGGGGAGGGGAUGGCAGGGCGGGAGAAAGGCCGUGUGACUGUUCUGCAGCCAGGGAUACCGUUCUCUUCCUCCGUGCCUCCACAUCCCCUCUCCCUGCCAUUCGCACACGCGAAUCGGAUCCCCUCCUCCUUCUCUUUCUCUUCCCCUGCCACGUGUGUGCCACGUCAGCAUGGUGCUGCUUCGACGGCGGCUGUCAGUGCAGCAGCAGCAGCGGUUUGUGCAGGCAGCGCAGGAGACAAGGGACCUGUUCCGCAGACCAAUCACUGCUGGGGGAGGCAGAUACCACCUGUACUCGACGUUUGCCUUGUCAACUUCUACCCUGCACGCGCAGAGGAACUGGGCCGGAUAGGGCUGGGAGGGCACCAGGAUCGAGACGACUCGUACAACAUGCCCGUGGUGAGCGUGAGUGUGGGCGAUACUAUGAAGUUCUUCUUCCGGCCACUCCCUCCUCUGCACCGCCGUCGCUCCGGCAUCGCAGUGCAGAUUGACGACCCGGUGGCUGCUGCACGCUCUGCGCUUGGCGACGCUGCACAUAACAGGGAGCGUGUUGUGUCUCUAUCCAGUGGAGACGUGCUGGUGUUUGGAGCUGCUUCGCGCCUUGUGUAUCAUGGAACCAGAGAUCUGGCCCCGGGAACCAGACCACCAAACCUUGUCAUGACUCCAGGCCGGCUCAACUUCACCUUCAGGGUGAAGGACAAAGGAGAGGGUGGUGGGACGGGCCAGCGCGACAAGGGGUAG